AUGGCCGUCUGUGCCGCCACGAUGGCUCAGUUGCAUCUUGACCCCUUGGUAGAUGGAUCCCGGACAGUGGAUAGCACCACAAUGGCCCAAGCUUGUUUACGAAUGCGUGCAAGUUGUGAUAACCAUGGAGCAAAUCUGGGUGUCAGAAGCGUUCUGGUGUCCUUCUUUUUGCAUGUGUACCACGCCAAGGUCAACCAACAAAAUUCGGCAAUGAUGUUCAUCAAAGAGGCCAUGGCCGGAGCUCACAUUCUGCGAUUGAAUGAAGAACUCUCACACGGGGAAGAUGAGUUGAUAGCAAAUAAGGCCUUGGUCUUCCCCUUGCUUUGGGUAUCAGAGAGAGGUUACUCAUUGCACUUAGGUCUCUCUCCUUCAUAUAUUGACCUCCCUAAUUUACUAGAUCUGGAGACAAAUACACAUGUUGAUGUUCAUGCCCAAGGGUUGAUAGAGCUCGUCAAGCUCUUUAUUGCAUUUGAUCAAAUCUCGGUUCGGCGCAACUCGCGUCUUGGGAUCACUAUGGCUGCCCAUCUGACCGAUACCGAAGCGAAGGUUGCCUCACUAUGCUUCAGCAUGGCCAAUCGCGUUUCAACCCGAACGGCAGACUAUCACAUCACACGGGAGUGGAUGAGGACCAUUCUCUGGCAGGAGGCACUUACUAUGGGCUUGCUGUCCUCUUCAGCAUGCACAUCCGUCUUGGAGUUUGGAUUUCCAGCGCAGGUUGGCCGUGCCUUACUGCAGUCCUUGCGUGGAUUCAGCGAGACGGAUUUGCUUCCAUUGGGACGAGACCAGGCUAGUAGCUUUGAUAUAAAAGAAACACAGACGAUGGCUGAUGUCAUUUUGCAGGUAUUGAAAUGCUUUGAAGUCGCCAACUCGCUGGCGGACACGGUUCUUUUGUCCCCACAGAGAAGAAGCUCUCGGCUCGAACUAGGACCACAGGACUUUCUGCAUGCAUUGUAUCAGAAGAUUGUCCCCUUUCUCGAGCAGGAUACUAUGUUGAAGUCAAUCCUUCGUGCUAAAACUGCUGAAGCCCUAGUCGCGGCUCCAGCUCGCCUGCUGACAAUUGGGGAGGAUGAUACGGGCCUACAUUCGGGCAAAGAUGGACCUGGUGGCCAGGCUCAGAUUUCCGGAUACACACCAAACAGCGCGCUCGAUGGGCACAAUGAAUUGGCGCCAGAUUUCUUGGAUUGGCUACAACAAUCGGAUCUUCAGAUAAUCUAA